AAAACCCAACUGCCGUCCUUUUACCUCAAGCCUUGUCGUUGGGUAUUGCUUUGUGUGUACAAAACCAACAAUGCCGCCAAAAUUCGAUCCUACGGAGAUUAAAUUAGUUUAUUUGCGAUGCGUCGGUGGAGAGGUUGGAGCUACAUCUUCCCUGGCUCCUAAAAUUGGUCCACUGGGUUUGUCGCCGAAAAAAGUUGGAGACGAUAUUGCUAAAGCCACUGGAGACUGGAAAGGUCUUAAAAUUACAGUUUGUUUGACCAUUCAAAACCGUCAGGCUGCUAUUUCAGUGGUUCCAUCAGCCGCUUCACUAAUUAUUAAGGCCCUUAAAGAACCUCCGCGUGACAGGAAGAAGCAGAAAAACAUUAAGCACAGUGGCAACGUUACAUUUGACGACAUCCUUUCAAUAGCAAGAACAAUGAGACCUAGGUCAAUGGCUCGCAAUAUAGAAGGCACUUGUAAAGAAAUUUUGGGAACGGCGCAAAGUGUUGGUUGCACCGUUGACGGAAGGCCGCCUCAUGACAUUAUCGAUGACAUUAACAGUGGUUCUGUAGAAAUUCCUUCCGAAUAGAAAAAGUGUCUAAGCUACUUUCCAAAUUAAAUUUGUUACCACUAACAUAAUAUGAGUUACAAAUAGAAAACAAUUUAAAACCGGAA